AUGUUACCCAAGAUUAGAGCUUUAACCUUUAAGCGUAACAUAUCGAGGUCAUUUGCUCUCCCGGUAAACCAAACACUAGAAAUCUUGAGGGCGACAAAUGCAAAUUUUGAAGGGUUGUUUUCACACAAGGCACUAUCUCAAUUAUGGUUCAAACAAGGUGAAUCGAUAGUACUAAACUUGAAUCAGCAUUUGAGUCAGACGUCGUCAUCAUUGACGCAAGAUAAGGACUACACUUUACAGGAACUUGUUUCCGUGACUAUUAAUAAACCCGACUUGUACAAUAUCCAUAAGAAUGCCGCCAAGUUGUACAAUUUGACCACUUUUUUUGAAAAUUUAAGACCAUUACAGAUAGGACCGGUUGAACUUGAUAGGCCUGGACCAGAAGCCAUGUUACAAACUCCAACCAACUCGUUUUUGAAUGUUCCAACAGAUGAAGGUUUUGUUGAUUGGCUUGAGGAUUCCUUUGGAUCCAUUACAGAGUUUAGAAAUUUAUUGAUCAAUACUGCCAAAGCUAUCAAAGGAGAUGGUACAGUUUGGCUCGUUGCAGAGAGUACGUUAAGUGAUAACUACCUCCAAAAAAAUAUCUCAUUAUAUAACCUGGCUCCAGCAUUUUCCAAUUUAUCCAUUGUCGCUACCUACAACGGAGGUGUUGUCAAUGAUUCUGAGCGGUCAGGACAGAUCAAAAGAAUGAAGUCGAUGUUUGAAAAAGAAGAGGAAGACAUGGAACCAACUCGUUCUAGUGAUGCUGAUAAUGAUGAUCUACAGCUAGGCACAACAGAGCAAGCAGAAUAUGAGACUGCAUACCUUAAUAAAAAGUUAGUUCCUGUUUUAGCCAUUGAUGCUUCACCGCGAAACUAUCUUGUUGAUUACGGAGUCUAUGGCAAGCAAAAAUAUUUAGAAAAUUGCUGGGAAUGUAUUGACUGGGACGUUGUAUUGAGAAGACUUCCUGAAAGGUCUAAGCAGGCUAUCACCAUGUAA